AUGGUCAGUUUUCCGGUUCAUCGAAUUAGGUUUUGUGCCCGUGGACAACUGGAUUCUGCAGAGCGCGAAUGUUUCGCGCUCUCGUUCACCCAGAAGAACGCCACAGCUACCGAUGCUGCAUUGCAUCAGUGCCAUGUGUUCCGAUGUCAACUUCCUGAGGCGGCCGGUAAAGCACUGCUGAGUUUUGCGAAUGCUUUUCGCAACAAUAGUGGCAGUAGUAGUAGUAGCAGCACUGUUCUGCCGAGGCCAAUCCCAACGCGAAGGACGAGCAAUGCAACUGCUGAGGACGAGACAGCUUCGAGUCUCGAGGGAGCGUUCAGUUCCGGUGGCGAAGAGGAUUUCCAGUUCGAUGCCUUCCUCGAAAUGAGGGAAGAAGACGCGAAACGUGGCUUUAUGAUAUGUCCGCAGGAGAAGAAUUGUUUUAAGCUAAGAAGAGAUCGUGAGAAACGAGUGGUCGUCGUGCUGCAGCAAACUGCCGGGCCAAAAAUUUUGACCGUUAAAAAAUGUUUUGGUCUUCUGCUUGGCGCCGGCCGUAAUCUACGGCAUAGCGAUAUGCAUCUGUUGGAAAUGGUAAGCGAAUAUGUAUUUUUCGAAUACUGCAAUGACUAUUCCCAAUCCACGGGACGAGGGAACGAUGCCAGAACAUACAUUGUUGAAGCUGUUUGGCACCCACAUUUGCAGAAUUUAGAAGUACUUAACACUGAAACACCAAGAGAAACCAGGGUUUUCAUGACGGUGGCAGUGGACGUAAUAUUAACGGGUAUUGAUGAGCCGGUACGCUUCAAUAUGGAAUGCAAAGCAAGAAUUUUUCACGAACACGAGCGAUUUUGGUAUGUAUCAAGAAGACCGGUGGUCGAGAAGUACUUCCUCACGACCAGGUUAAUUAUUACUGGCAUGAUGAGCUGCUACCAGAUGCCGAUGACCACGCGCUGGGGCAAGCAAACAUCACAAACCGGUUUGUGCUUGUCCCGCGCAUGUUUGCGGAAUAGGGUUGUCUAA